ACGCCACAGACAGAAUACAUACAGGGGACAUUUAACAUUUAAUGAUAGUCUUCUUACUCUUCCAUGUCGGUCACAUUGACAUAGUCUUCUUUAUCAUUAAUUAAUAUUUUCCUUCUUCUUCACUACCCAAAAACAAAAACCUUGAUCUCAGUCCUAAAGGAGAGGGGACUGGAGCUGAACAACUGGGGAAGACGAUGAAGCUGAACUGGAAGCUAUGGCUUCCUCAAAAGCACAGACAUUUGCUGGUGAAGUUUGCGGUUGUCAUUCUUUUAAUGGGUUUUGCUUUUCGUCUCGUUUUUGAUCGGUCCACAGGGAUUUCAUCAAGAAUCGAAACCCCAUUUCCUGAGGAUUUGUCCAGAAUCGAAACCCCUUUUCCUAAUGAAGCUGCGGAUUCGAAACCGCUAGUUUCUGAAGAAGCUGCAGAAACUGGGGAACAUAUAUCUGUCAGAGAAAAAUGCAAUCUUUUUUCUGGGGAUUGGGUUCCAAAUCCGUCAGGACCACUUUAUACAAAUGAGAGCUGCCCCUUGAUAGAAAGCCAUCAGAAUUGCAUGAAGAAUGGUAGGCCGGAUAAAGAGUAUUUGUAUUGGAGGUGGAAUCCACGAGAUUGUGAAUUGCCGCGGUUAGAUCCAAAGAGAUUUCUUGAGAUGAUGAGGGACAAAACAUGGGCAUUGAUAGGUGAUUCAAUAUCUCGCAACCAUGUACAGUCAUUGCUGUGCAUGCUAUCAAAGGUUGAACUAGCUGUUCAAGUCUAUCACGAUGAGGAAUACAAGUCAAGGAGAUGGCGCUUUCCCUCAUACAAUUUCACUAUCUCAGUUAUUUGGUCCCCUUUCCUUGUAAAAGCAGCUAUUUUUGAAGACUAUAAUGGAGUUUCAACAUCUGAAGUGGAGCUUCACUUAGACAAGCUGGAUAAGAAAUGGACGGAUCUCUACCAGAACUUGGACUACAUGAUAAUUUCAACUGGGAAAUGGUUUCUCAAAUCUUCAAUCUACUAUGAGAACAGCAAAGUGUUGGGGUGCCAUUACUGUCCUAAGAGAAACCUUACGGAGUUGGGAUUUGAUUUCGCUUAUCGCAAAGCACUCAGAUUCGUGAUGAACUUCAUAGCAACAUCUGGUCAUAAGGGCUUGAUAUUUUUUAGGACAUCUACACCGGAUCACUUUGAGAAUGGGGAGUGGUUUAGUGGGGGGAAUUGCAAGAGAACGUCCCCAGUUAAAGAAGGUGAGAUUCAGUUGAAGGAGAUAAACAGGGUUCUGCAUGACAUUGAGCUAGAAGAAUUUGGAGAGGCAGAAAAAAAGGCUUCCAAGAAUGGGGUGAAUCUGAAACUGCUCGACUUUACCCCUCUUUUGUUGUUGAGGCCUGAUGGUCAUCCAGGUCCAUACAGAGAAUAUUAUCCAUUUUCACAUGACAAAAAUGCGAAGGUUCAGAACGAUUGUUUGCAUUGGUGCUUACCUGGGCCAAUCGACACAUGGAAUGAUGUGAUAAUGGAAAUGAUGCUAAAUGGCUAGGAAGUAGGAAGACAGCCAGUGUUAUGCCUGAGAAGUUUAUUUUUCACCAUAUCAAGUAUGAGAAAAUUGGACUGCAUCCCGAUGCAGACAUCCUCGCCAUGUGUAUACUAAAAGUUCAUUAAUCUUUUCGAGUAUGCAUAGCAGGUUGUUUUUACCACAAGUUCUUUCUGUAUUGGUCUCAACUGGCUAGUCUUUGAUUUCAUUACUUGUGGGUUACACAGAAUAGGAUAGUGCAAAGAUCAUCAUCAUUAUGAUAUGUUAUUGAAAUCUCAGCCAUUAUUGUUGUUUAUUGUAAACUUUGAGUUAUACUCAAUUAUCUGUUAUUCCAAUCAGAAUUUAUGAUAGAUAUGAACCGUUAUAAUCUGUAAACAAAUUAAAUAUUCAACGGUCUUUUCACA